AUGGCUGGCAUCGAUGCCCUUCUGGCGUCUCAGGACGAGGGCAUCCCCAGCUCCGGGCCCAGGAAACGGCGGCUCCAAAACCCCCAAGAGCUCAAGCAGCGCCUGGAAAAUGAGCUGCUCAUGCCCUCUCCCGAGUUCUCCGUCGAAUGGCUGGACCGUCUACAGCAGAGAUGGGACUUUGAGGCCGACUACACGGCCCUGUUCAAGAUUGCACCGCCCCAGACGCGCACCUUGACGAGGUUCUUGCGCCACGGACUCGAGGGCCGCGUGACAGGAUACAAGAAUGUGACUGUGCCCAUGAGCGGUGCCACGGCAAAGAACUCGACCAGUCUUCUCCGGAAGCCGGCCAGUAGGGCGGAUUUUGUCAGGGGAGCUGCUGGUUUCUUUCCUUUUGCGCCUGGUGGGCUGGAGGGUAUUGAGGCUACUGCCGCCUUGGAGGAUCAGAUUCACGGCGGAGUGACUGGAGGGUUGCUACAGAUUGCUCCCGGGAUGGACCGUGGCAUUGACUUUGCCAAGAAGACGGUAGUGGAUGAGGAUGCCGCUGCUGCGAUUAAGCAGGAGCUUGAAGAGGACCCCGAAGAUGCAAAAGAUGUCAACCAGGAGGAGGAAUCGUCACCCGCUGAGGUAUCAGGAGAUUCAGCAGAGGACGAGGAGAACGAAGAUGACAUCGACGACCUGCUGCCCGUGGAAUUUCCGUCUCUUGAGCCUCAUGGUGUUCUCGCAGCGUCUAGUGCCAAAAAGGCUGGGCGUGAAUGGGCACACAUGGUUGACAUCAAGCACGACAUGCCCAAUUUCAGAGAACUCGUCCCCGACAUGGCUCGAGAGUGGCCCUUUGAGCUGGAUACUUUCCAAAAGGAAGCCGUGUAUCACCUAGAAAAUGGUGACUCCGUCUUUGUUGCGGCGCACACCUCUGCCGGAAAGACUGUUGUGGCCGAGUAUGCCAUUGCCCUGGCAGCCAAGCAUAUGACCAAGGCCAUCUACACAUCCCCAAUCAAGGCUCUUAGCAAUCAGAAAUUCCGCGACUUUCGACAGGAGUUCGAUGAGGUCGGUAUCUUGACAGGUGACGUCCAGAUCAAUCCUGAGGCUAGCUGCCUCAUCAUGACCACGGAGAUUCUGCGCAGUAUGCUGUACCGCGGAGCAGACUUGAUUCGCGAUGUCGAGUUUGUCAUCUUCGACGAGGUUCACUACGUCAACGACUACGAGCGUGGUGUCGUGUGGGAGGAAGUCAUCAUUAUGCUGCCCGAACACAUUUCUCUCAUUUUGCUGUCGGCCACCGUCCCCAACACUCACGAGUUUGCCUCCUGGGUUGGUAGAACUAAGCAAAGAGACAUUUAUGUCAUUUCUACUGCCAAGAGACCAGUCCCUCUGGAACACUACCUUUGGGCCGGCAAGAACAUUCACAAGAUUGUAGAUUCAGAAAAGAAGUUCUUAGAGAGCGGUUGGAAAGAUGCACAUAAGGCAACUCAGAGUAAGGAAAAGACGCCUGCCACCAACACGGUCCUGAUCCGGGGAGGCAGUUCUCAGGGAAAUCAGCGGGGCGGUGGUGGUCGAGGCGGUCCCCAAAGAGGAGGCCAGCAACAACGCGGAGGUCGUGGAGGCGGCCAGCAGAGAGGCCGAGGAGGACCUCCUCGAGCGAGCCAUAAUCCAGGACACAUGGGCCGCGCUGGAGCCCCCGGCGGACGAUCAUCAGCUGCACAAGACAAGAACAUAUGGGUUCACAUGGUUCAGUAUCUACGGAAACAGACUCUUCUGCCGGCCUGCAUAUUCGUCUUUUCCAAGAAGCGAUGCGAGGAAAACGCAGAUGCGUUAAGCAACCAAGAUUUCUGUACGGCUUCGGAGAAGAGCGCCAUUCACAUGGUGAUUGAAAAGUCUAUUGCCCGUCUCAAGCCCGAGGACCGAGUCCUACCACAGAUCAUCAGGCUCCGGGAGCUCCUAGCCAGAGGCAUCGCGGUGCAUCAUGGCGGUUUGCUGCCCAUUGUAAAGGAGCUGGUGGAGAUUUUGUUCGCAAGGACGCUUGUCAAAGUCUUGUUUGCAACCGAGACGUUCGCCAUGGGUCUCAACCUGCCCACCCGAACGGUAGUAUUUUCUGGAUACCGCAAGCACGAUGGCCAUUCGUUCCGCAACCUUUUGCCCGGCGAAUACACGCAAAUGGCUGGCCGUGCUGGGCGUCGUGGUCUUGACAAAGUCGGCUCCGUCAUCAUCGUGCCCCCUGGCGGCGACGAAGCACCUCCUGUUGCCGAGCUGCGCAACAUGAUCCUGGGAGAGCCAUCGAAGCUAAAGUCUCAGUUCAGGCUGACUUAUAACAUGAUUCUCAACUUGCUGAGAGUGGAAGCACUCAAGAUUGAAGAGAUGAUCAAGAGAAGCUUUUCGGAGCAUGCAACACAGCAGCUUCUGCCAGAGCACGAAAAGGAUGUCAAGCUCGCUCAAGCAGAUCUUGCAAAGGUUAAGCGAGAGUCGUGCAAAGUCUGCGAUGGCGUGGUAGAUGAGUGCCACCAGGCCGCUCAAGACUACAAGCGGCUGACGACGGAGUUGUACAAGGCCUUGCUCAAGAUUUCCAUCGGCCGAAGGAUGUUUACGCCGCAGCGGCUGAUCGUCUUUAACUGGGAAGGCAUCCGCACAGCCGGUAUACUCCUUGCCGAGGGCAUGAGUCCCAAGGGGUCCUUUGAAGAGCCCAUCUUGCAUGUCUGUGCCAUUAAGCCGUUAAGGGAGCGGCGCGACGUAACGGACCAGCUACCCUUCAUUCCCGCGUUCCGCAAAUACAUGCAAAAGCUUCCUCAGGGGAAGAAGCGACUUACUACUAAGAAUAUGUUCGUCCCCCUGAACGAUGUCGAAUGCCUUACCCGGUGGGUUCUAAAGGGAGUUAUACCCGAGAUUUUCAAAGGUAAACAAGCCGGCCAAGAGGCGCUGGACAAGAUACAGGAGGUCUGCGCGUCUUGGGAUGACCGGUGGGACGAGAUGGACAUGAGCAAGGUCAAGAGCUUGCAACUACAGGAGAUGAUUGAGAAGAGAUUCCAGCUGUCCAAGACAAUGGCCAACUCUGGGGCCACAAAGUGCCCGUCCUUUUUGAAGCACUUUGCCAUGUGCCACGAUGAGUGGCUCAUCACAGAGCACAUUGCCCAGUUGAAGCAAUCUCUCUCGGAUCAAAAUCUUCAGCUACUCCCCGACUACGAACAGCGCGUUCAAGUCCUCAGAGAGCUCGACUUUAUCGACGACUCAUCACGUAUUCAGCUCAAGGGCAAGGUAGCCUGCGAAGUCCACUCGGGCGAUGAGCUCGUCCUCACCGAACUCAUCCUCGACAAUGUCCUUGCCGACUUUGACCCCGCCGAAAUUGCCGCCCUCUUGUCCUCGUUUGUCUUUCAGGAGAAAACGCUCACGGAACCUACCUUGACCGGCAAUCUCGAGCGUGGUCGUGACACCAUCAUCGCCAUCUCCGAAAAGGUCAAUGACGUGCAGACACGACUGCAAGUAAUUCAGUCCAGCGAAGACUCAAACGACUUUGUGUCGAGGCCCCGCUUCGGCCUCAUGGAGGUGGUGUAUGAGUGGGCCAGGGGCAUGAGCUUCAAGAACAUCACGGCAUUGACGGAUGUCCUCGAGGGCACCAUUGUGCGGACGAUUACGCGUCUAGACGAGACGUGCAGAGAGGUGAAGAACGCGGCGAGGAUCAUUGGCGAUCCGGAGCUGUAUCAGAAGAUGCAGCAGGCGCAGGAGAUGAUCAAGAGGGACAUUACGGCGGUGGCGAGUCUGUACAUGUGA